AUGGUGAGAAUAUUAUUUACACUUCAGCUAGCUGUGUUGUUUUGUACUGGGAUAGAGAGGCACCCCUGUGUGUGUGUACAUACACAGCUGUUGACACUUGGUCAAGUUGACAAUAAACUCCUUUUGUUCAAACACCUGUUCUCAGCUAAAAUUUUCCUGAAAGGUCCUUUGAUAGCAUCUCCUCCCACUCCUCCUCGCACUGCAUCUCCUCCCUCUCCUCCUCCUCGCACUGCAUCUCCUCUCUCUCCUCCUCCUAGCUCCACAUCUCCUCCUCCUCACUCAGCAUCUCCUCCUCCUGUCACAGCAUCUAUUAAACAUCCAACUGCAAGCUCCUCUCCUGUUCCAAAUCCAACUCCCAACUCUCCCAUAUACUUCAAGGGAGAGCACCACAUCCUCUCAAACUUCUAUCCAUGUGUUCUAAUGUUCCAGGGUCUUACAUUUCAGAGUUCGGAACAUUUGUAUCAGUACUUAAAAGCUGUCGAGCACUCUGACCCCUAUCUAGCAAACCAAAUUCAAAACGCUCCGACAGCAAAAAUAAGUAAACAAAUUUCAAAACUUGUAAAUACCACCUCCCAUUGGCAUUCAAUCAAAAACAAAAUUAUGCUAAAAGUUUUGGCUAUUAAAUUCAACCAAUGUGCUGAGUUCAAAAAUUACCUUCUCAGCACAAACAAAAGGGUACUGAUACAUAAUGUUGCGGACUCAUAUUGGGGCACUGGUUGGAAUGGCAAAGGCAAAAAUAUUCAAGGUAAACUCCUAAUGCAGUUUAGGCAUAAAAUGGCCAAUGCAACCAGUGCUCCAUCAGUAAGUUCCCCUACAGUUCCAGCACCUAUCCCAACAACAGCUUCAUCAAUUCCUCACCCUGUACCCAUACCAAGUCCUCCAGCAGCUCCCGCAACUAUUUCCCCUAUUACAAUGCACCCUGUAACCGUCCAAGGUACUGCAUCAGCUCCGUCAAUUCCAGCACAUAUCCCUACUGCAGCUUCAUCAAUUCCUCCUGCUUCAGCUCCGUCAAUUACACCAGCUACAAGCCAUCCUGUACUCAUCCGGAGUCCUUCAGCAGCUCCCUUAAUUACUCUCCCUAUAGGUCCUACAACAGCUUCCUCUGUAGAAACCCCUACAUCUCCUCAGUCUCCGGUUCAGUCUAUUAGUUAUUCAGAACGAAUUGCGGUUAUUGGUCAAAAUCAUGUGUUAGAAAUAGGAAAUAGUGUAGCAAAUGGUUCU